GUUUUGAUUAAAAAUGAAAAAUGGAGUCUUGAGUCCAGUUUGAUUUCUAGACAGAAGUAUUUUUUUUCCCAAGCUGGAGAUCACAAUUGUAACUCCAAAUGGCUGGGUCAGGGAAAGGAAGAGGACGUGCUGCAUUUACUUUCAACAUGGAGGCUAUUGGCUUUGCCAAAGGUGAAACAUUACCUGAAGUAGCAUUCAAGCCCCCUCCACUGUUUCCUCCAACAGAUUUUAAGCCAGUGCCUCUGAAAAUGGGAGAGGAAGAGGAUUAUAUGUUGGCCUUGAAGCAAGAAUUUAGAGCAAGUAUGAAAAAAAUGCCUUAUUUUAUGCGAAAAGAAGAUGAAAAUCAAGGAAUUGAAAAAUAUAGUAAAAAGUACCUGCAGAUGAGAAAAGAAUCCAUGGAAUGGACCCCAGAUUGGAGAAGACUCCCGAGAGAGAUGAAGCCAAGGAAAAAGACCAAAAAAGCAGGUGGAAAAACGAAAAAGGCAAAAGUUGCCACACCCAAAAGUAAUGUGGAUGUGUUGAAAAAAAUUGAGGAGUUGGAAAAGAAAGGUGAUGAAGAAAAAUCUGAUGAGGAAAAGGAGAAAGAAAAAGACAAAGAGGGUGGUGAAGAAGAAGAAGAAGAAGAAGCAGCAGCAAAUGAACAAGAAGAAUAUGAUGAAGAGGAACAUGAAGAGGAAAACGACUACAUUGCUUCAUAUUUUGAAGAUGGCGAUGACUUUGGUGCUGGCAGUGACGACAAUAUGGAUGAAGCAACCUAUUAGUUAUUUGUAUUAGAUUGUGUCCUUCCCUGGCCUUCUAAUACAUCCACUAAACCAUUUGGACCUAGUUGUAGGUGGGCUGAGCACCUGCAACUCUUGAUGCAGCUACUUGGAGUUGGAGCGCUGAGUUCACCCUCAGAUGAAAGGGCAUUUUUUUUCUGAUUUAUUUAACGGGGUUGAAAAAUGGGAGACCUCGCUGCCAUAUUCUGUUCUUCCCAAAUGCUUUGGAGACAGAUAUUUAUCACUGCAAGGUUCUCUAGAACUCCCCGAUACAGAGUACUAUAUAUGCCUUUGUAUUGCCUCUGCUGCACUGGAAAAAAUAUGCAUUUUGACUGAAUUGUGCCUAAGCAUUUGCACUUCUCCAUUCUAUGCAUGAGUGGAAUCAAAUCCUGUUCCAGAUUUGAAGUCAUACUUCAGAGGAUACUGAAGUCAGUAGCAAAACUUGUAUUGACUUAAGUGAACCAGGAUUUGGUCCUUUCUGAACACAAGCUGUUCCUACUUAGCUGCUGACUUUCUAAAGGAAUUUAUUAUAAUUUCUGUAAUCAGGGGAUUGAAAUAUAACUGAACACUGAGCACUUUCAUGAACAAAGUAGCCUCAAAGUACUUUGUUACUGUGGACUAACAAGGUAAGGAGAUAAUUUUGAAAGGCUCUUGCAUUCUAAUCAACAGACUUUCAUAAUUCAGCACUUUGACCAAUAGGGAGCAUCUUUCAAAUCAGGGCUUGCUGGGUGUAAGGAGACUUAAUAAAUGAGAUUAGAUUAUGUUUUAUUAAUUACUUUUUGCUGGAAGUGAGGUCUAGGGCUAAUUAGUAGUUUCAUUUAGAGAGGGUUUGUGGCUGAGGUUUGAGCAAGGGUGUGGGAAAUCAGGAAAUCCCGAUUUCUAGGUUUGGCUCAUCUCUGUGGCCUUGGACAAGUCCCUUAACAUCUCUGCAUCAGUUUCCCCAGCUGUUAAAUGGGGGGAAAAUACUACUUCCUACCUCAUAGUACUGUUGAGAGUCUAUGUUUGUUAAAAUACUAGCUAUGUAAAUGUGAAAUAUUGUUUUUAUUUAAUUUACUUCCCUGCACAGCCAAAAAAUCAGACAGUAAAAGAAAGGUACAUAUAAUAGAAGAGUAAUAUGCUACGGUAAACUGUAAAGGUGGUGAAAACAAUGAAUUUUAUAAAUAUUCUAUAUUUGAGGAUGAAUAUGUUGCGACUCUAAUCUUUCCAUUACAGUAAUCCUAGGAGUUAUUUGUAACAAUAGUUGGUAGGUACAACAUUUUCAAAUGUAUCACUAAUAUUUUUGUGUUCCUAAGCAACUUAAAAUAGGUCUCAUUUUUUAAAAACUGUUUUGUUUUGCUUAAAUUCACUCAAAAUGAAUAGAAAGCACUGGAUUCUAAAAUCUCAGCAUCAGCUGAAACUGUCACUGUUUCACUUAUGGCCUUUGAUGCCUUUUUGAAGUAGCCACAGGAGCUGUCUUCAUAAAAGGAGAAGCAUGUGGUUUUAUAGAAUAGGCUUUAAAUUUCCUUUCUGCCAAUCUUCAAGGAAACGUAAAUCUUAUUCUUAUUGUUUUUUGUUUCCUUCAUGCUGCAGUUUUUCUCUGAAGUACUCCCAGCUGGACUCACAACUACUCUCAAAGAUGGAGAUGCUGAGGAUAAAUCUAAAGCAAAAUCAACAGAAACCAUUUUAGCUGACUUGAGGAUUGGGGGGGCUUCAGAUUUUUUAAUUUAAUUUAAAAUUUAAUAAAAAUGAAUGAAAAGUUGAAAAUAAACUUUUUCCUCUAGAAUUAUUAAUCUGGGAAAUGUCACUAAAAGGCUCUACCCUAUAUUUUUGUUGUCCCUCUGCACAAAUUGGAACCUGUGUUAGUUGAUCAUAUUGGUCCUCUUUCUUUUCGCUCUUUAGCUGUUGAGAACUAAAAUGUGUUCUCAUCGAGUGAGAAACUGGUUAUUAGUUUAAAAAAAAAAAAAAUCUUGUAAAAAGUUUGUUUCUUGAUGAUUGAGGCACACAUUUGCCAAACAAUACUUUACCUCAGUGCUAACUCUGAAACAAUAGAGAGAGAAAAUCCAGAAAAAACUAUUUACCUAUACUAAUGGUUGUGUAAUUUAGGGCAUGGCUGUAUUUUUUCCCUGUGUUUAAUUAAAAUGCUCUGAUUAACAAAAUGUGAAGCAAUUCCAAAGGAUGAGGCAACUAAAUCCAAUGCAGAGCACACCUCAAAUGUAUAUUUUAACUUGAUUAUUUUUAAAUGUUAAAUUGCUAUGU